UCUUCGCGGAACAGCUUUAUGAAAAUAGUGGCCCGAAUGUUGCGUGGAACUGUCAAGUGAGCACGUGGGUGGACCAGUGUUUCUAUCUCGGUUCUUCCCCUUCCAUUAGCACUACUAGCACCAUCUGAGUCUCCCGCCAAGGCAGAUUCUUCACACCUAUAGCAGGAAUGUAAAUAUCAACAAGACCUUGUUGAGUGAUGAAUAAUAGCGAUUUUUAAUGGGGUGACUUAUCAUCAUUAUGAAGUGGUAUUACAGAGCACUCACCUGAGGGAUAUUUUGAUGUUUCAAGUAUCGAGUUGAAAUUGUAGCUGUGCUUCUUCAAAGUAGCAUUCAACAAGAAAGCAGAAUUCAUUUGAUCAAUUUUUGGGAGAAAACUUCAUUAGCCACAUCAUGUCCAAGAGAAUACAAGGUGCAUCUUCGGCCGGCUCUAAUUUGAGAGUUGAUCCCGAUACCACAGUUCCCAAACCAGGGUGUUCGACGGGAGGUUCUUGCAGGAAUUCGGCGCCCCAAAGACAGCCCAGCACAACCAGACCUACAUUUGUACGUUCCUCCAUAAAACCAAAUGCUUCUAAAGUGAGGGUGAUUGUCGAAGAAACCUCUUACAUCUACAUACCACGACGCCCCCGCAGUAGACAAAACACUGUUGAUGAAGGAUACCACAGUUUGAACACUUCAAGGGAGUUCGACCCAAAUAUUCGUGAACCAAGAAAUGUCAACCAUGAAAUUGAGAGUCUCAUUUCCACUGUCAUGACAAAUCUACGUGUUGGAAUCGAAACUAAAAGCGGAGAAAUGUUGAGAGAUUUCAAUGAAAAAAUGAAGCAGAAGCUCUCAGAUUUAAAAACCAAGCAUACUAAAAUCGAAGAAGACAUCAAGAGAUUGGCCGAUUCAACAUCUAUCAAUCUUGUGAAUCAAAUCUCCGACUUUGUACAGAGAACCGAGUGAAUUUUGUGUUUCUUCAUAAACACAAAAUUCGAAAGUAUUUUAGAGUAAAAUUAGUGAUUUAGAACUUCAAAAGUCAACGUUCCAAAUUUACUCCAUUUUCUAUUGAUAUUUUCAAAUACAUACAAUUCGAAUGAUUUUUCAAUUCACGAGUGAUUUUUACCUGGGCGAUUUUAUUUUCUUAAUUUUGUGUUUCUUCAUAAAGACAAAAUUCAAAAAUUGAUUUUUUUAGAACUUCUGAAUUAUUGAGUAUUUUCUCGUGAAAUUCUUGGUACCACCUCAUUGCAUGAAGCAUUAAAGUUCAAAAACAACAAUAUAUUUUUGUGUCAUUUUUCAAAUGACACAAUUCAAACAAAUUUCCAGAUCAGAUCAAGAAACAUGUCUGAAAUAAUAAAUAUAUUUUACAGUUGGAUUAAGAAUAGAAUAGAAUAUAUUUAUUUGACUACAUUACAAUACAUGUAUAAGUAAUCGAAUAGAAAACCGUGAAAACGAAAUAACAAGCUAGAGGCAAUUUGUCAAUUUCACUACGAGUGAUAGAAGUACAAACUUAAUGGAAAAUGAAAAAAAUGUUUCAGAUGAAUUUUCAUCUGAAGAAUUUCUGUACAUAGUCUACACGGGGAAAAUGUUCUAAAUAAACUGUUUAUUUAACUUAAAUCUAAUAAUAGUCAACACAUUGUUAUUAAAUAGCAAUUAAAUGGUUAACUUGUGUAAUAUUAAAAGGUUUGAAAUGAA